AUGUCAUUAAAGAAUCAAUGUUUGAAAAUCCUGUUUCUAACCAUCUUUAAGCAGGGCAAAGACAAACACAAGCACAUGUCCGAUCUGGAAAACUGCCUGUCCUCUGUGAAAAUUACCAACUUCAGGGGCUAUGACUUCUACAGUCUUAAGGAUAAGACCUGGGAUGAAGUCUUGGAAACACAUCACAAACUCCCGACUGAUCAGUUAGACUUGAAAAAGCAGCAAGAGGCCGUGUGGGAACUUUUCACAAGUGAAUGCACCUAUUUUUUGGACCAUUUAUUAGUUCUUAAGAUGAUUUUUAUGAAUACACUAAAAUAUCUGCAAACUCAUGAAUAUCUCCUAGAUGUGGAUUUAUGGAGACUUUUUGCAAACCUGGAGGAGUUAACUCAGACAAGCCUUGGUUUUGUGAAGAGUCUCUUUGGCAUCAUCAAGGACUAUGUAGACGCUUCUGAGGUUUCCUCAUCACUGGAUUUUAUUUCCGUGCUCACAAAGUAUUUCCGAGGGAGUCUCUGUCAGAGCCACCAGACCUACUGCCUGAACUAUUCAGCUGCUAUCUUUUAUCUGGAGAGCCUGAGGCAGAGAGAUGACUUUGGAAUUUAUUUAAAAUGGUGUGAGCAGAAUGAACAAUGCAGACGGCUCCACCUGCCUGAGCUACUAGUGGCCCCACUUCAGAGGCUCACUCGAUACCCAUUGUUGCUGAAGAAUAUCUGGAAAAGGAGCAUGGACUCUGCUGAGAAAAUCAUGAUCUACUCCAUCAAGGAAAAGGUGGAAAAGUCCAUCCGGGACUUUGAAGGAAAAGUGAAGUGGCUGGACAAUUUCCAAAAAUUUAGAUAUCUACAGGAGAUUAUAGUGUGGCCACCGCUUUGGGAUAGAGAUAAAAGGUUUUUCAUUCCAGAGUGUUUGAAACACAUUUUUAAAGAACAGACGGCAGAAAACAUCUUGUCACCAACCAACAGACACCUUCUCUAUGAAGGAAAAUUAACUCUUGCAGAAAGCACAAGAUUCCUAGAUGUUUAUCUGUUUCUCUUCAAUGAUUUCCUCUUAGUUACGAAAACUAAGCGCAACAAAAAGAAACUUGGAGGCUCAGACCCUGGUUUAAUGUGUCCUUCUUUUACUCCUGAGUUGCAAGCAGUAAUAAAAGACGGUGGUUCGUGUACAGUACUCGAUCAGCCUAUUCCACUAGAUAGAUUGGUAGUCAAAAAUAUUGAACCGCUCCAUGUGUCAGUCUUUGGGCUGAGAAAUGCUUUUCUUAUACAACAUGAAAACAGAUAUCGGCAGUGUACAGCAGCAUUCUUAUUACGAGCCCAAACGGAAAACAUCAAAAAAACAUGGAUGGCACAAAUAACAACUGCAAUUUCUUGCUUUACCAGGAGUCAGGAAACCAAGAAAAUAUCUUUAUUCACAUUGCCUGCAGAAUCCUCUGAAAUUUAGGGACCUAAAACAAGUGGCAUGCCUUUUUAGAAGAUUAGCGUUUAAGGUAUUAUUUCAUUCAAACUUUUAUAACACUUAGAUAGUGAUAAGCUAGAAAGAAAUUUGCAUUUUAAAGAAGUUUCAGAAUUUGAAAAUUUGAGCUAGGAAAAUCCUCAGUAUAGAGGAAUAAUGACUGCAACAAAUUUGAACUCUGAGGAAUUUCUUGACAAAUAUAUACUGACAUCCAGAUUACCUUCUAAUGCUUCCGUCAGGUUUGUAAGAGGUGUGGGUGAAGAAAGGUGCUAGUUUGUGAAUGAUCAUAUAAAUGGAGUAUCAGAAGAAAAACAAUGUCCACUGCUUGCAUCCAAUAUGAACUCCAGUAUCUUACUCUGUAUCGAUAAAAUAAUGAAACCAAUUUUCCUUCAUGGCUUGUCAAUCAGUCUUAACCGCUUUAUAGUCCUACCUCAAACAUAAUGAUAAAUCUUUAGAUACAAAGCUUCAUUGUUCUUUUAAUAUACAAAGCA